CGUCAUCAUUACGCGCGCCGUGUGCUGUUUGGGGGAAGGCGCAUCGUCCAGUCUUUGGAUUUUCAUAAACGUAAAGGAUGCCUCUACCUCCGGCACUGUUGGCCCGCUUGGCCAAGAGAGGGAUUGUUAAACCAACAGAGCAAGAAGCAGAUGAGGAGAUUAUAGCUGAAGAUUAUGAUGACAACAACGUAGAUUAUGAAGCCACCAGACUAGAGAGCCUCCCACCAAACUGGUACAAAGUGUUCGACCCUGCUUGUGGUCUCCCUUAUUACUGGAAUGUGGAAACAGACUUGGUGUCCUGGCUGUCCCCAAAUGACCCGUCUGCGGUGGUGACAAAAGCUGCCAAGAAACUAAGAGUAGAUGGAGGAGAAGAAAGAAUUGAGAGGCAGUUUGAGAAGCCAGACAGAGAACGAGAGCGAGACAGAGAUCGGGAAAGGGACCGGGACCGAGACAGGGAUGACGUGAGGGACAGAGACAGAAGAAAGCAGAGGAGGGAAGACACUGCACCAUACAGCAAGAGCAAAAGAGGUAGAAAAGAUGAUGAGAUGGACCCUAUGGAUCCAAGUGCUUAUUCUGAUGCCCCAAGGGGCACAUGGUCAAGUGGUCUGCCGAAGCGUAAUGAAGCUAAGACAGGUGCAGACACCACAGCUGCAGGGCCUCUGUUCCAGCAGAGGCCGUACCCCAGUCCAGGAGCCGUGCUCAGGGCUAACGCAGCAAACCAACUACCCAAGGAAUAAGCUGCGCUCCCAGGAGGAAAACAACCAACAAAGACGCAGUUUGUCGGCCCUCUGCUCCUCCGCCGUUGCAGACUCGCAUCUCUCUUAAGUUUUCUUUUUGUUGUGAAAUGUGUGAACGUCAGAAAACGAAUUUGCAGCUUUUGUACAACCAGUGCGUUCAGUCUCUUGUCAAAUGUGUAGAACAGUUGUAAAUAUGUUUUUAUAAGACCUGAAGAUUGACCCUCUUGUUGUUAUUUGGGCAAUUAGUGGGCAUCAUUUGCUAAUAAAUUUAAUGAUUACUGUGAAAA